GUGGUGGUCGGCGAUGGAGUUGGCUUCUCUAACUCCACUAUUAAGCUCAUUCGAGAAAAUCACUCUUCUCUGUCUUCACCAUCGAUCGGAGCCUCAUUCACAAGCCAAAAAGAAGUGGAAUGUCAGCUCACUACUUAGUUUAAGUCAAGCUAGAGGUGAGAGAUUUUUGAAGGGGCAUAUCUGAGCUAAGUUUAAGGUGAUUUUGCUGUAAAUUUCUGUUCACUUUUUGCUUCCCAUAGCCACAAACCACUAUUUCCUUUCAGAGAGACCUAUUAACAAUGGAGUUUACAUGUUUGAGCAAAGGUAGGGGAUCACACUUCCCACCAUGUCACAUCCUAAACUUAGGUGGGAUUAAGAUCCUAUUGGAUUGCCCACUAGACCUUUCUGCUCUCACACCAUUCUCCCCGGUAACUACUGCUUUUUAUGCAUUGCCAUCAUUAGAAGAAGAUAAAGUGGAUGCAAACAAUGAUGUUGGUUCAAUGGCUGUGCCUGCGAAGAGGCAGAAAAUUGAAAACCAACCAGAUAAUAAAACCUUAAUUUUUGCUGAACCAUGGUACAAGACUGUUAUGAACUUGCACCUAUGGAAUCCCUCUUUCAUUGAUGUUGUACUAAUCUCCAGUCCAAUGGGUAUUUUAGGAUUGCCUUUUCUUACUCAGAUGAAGGGAUUCUCGGCUAAGAUUUAUGCAACCGAAGUAUCAGCAAGACUGGGUGAGCUAGUGAUGAGGGAUCUUGUAUCAAUGCAUAAGGAAUUAAAACAAUUCUAUGGACCAACGGAAACUGAUUUCCCUGUAUGGCUGAGGCAGGAAGAAGUUGAGAAGAUUCCUUCUGUAUUGAGAGAGAUAAUAUUGGGCAAAGAUGGAACGGAGUUGGGUGGUUUGAGGCCCUUAUACAGUGAAGCUGAUGUCAAUGAUUGUGUACUAAAGAUUCAAAAACUUAAAUAUGCGGAGGAAGUUUGCUACAAUGGCAUAUUAGUCAUAAAAGCUUUCAGCUCUGGUGUAGAAAUGGGCAGUUGUAAUUGGAUUCUAGAUAGUCCUAAGGGAGAUGUUGGUUAUCUUUCAAACUCCAGCUUCAUUUCUUCUCAAGUGGCGGCUUUUGAUUACCAAAGUUUACAGGGGACUGAUGCAUUGAUUUACUCUGAUUUCUCAUCCUUGAAUUCUACCGAAGAUGUUAAGGACGAGGAGAAUGAAUCUGUUCAACUUGCAGAUAAACUGCCUAUGAGUUCUCAUGGUUUGGUUGGACUCUACCAUAACGCCAAAGAGGAUUCGGAAGAAAUGGAAAAGUUAGCUUUCAUAUGCUCUUGCGCUAUAGAGUCCAUAAAAGGUGGUGGUUCAGUUUUCAUUCCAAUCAACCAAUUUGGAAUUUUUCUGCAGCUUUUGGAGGAAGUUUCUAAAGCAAUUGAUGCUUCAGCUAUGAAGGUCCCAAUUUAUAUAAUUUCUUCAGUAGCUGAAGAUUUAUUGGCAUACCUUAACAUUGUGCCAGAAUGGCUUAGUAGACAGCGGCAAGAAAGGCUCUUUGAUGGGGAACCAUUGUUUGACCAUGUUAAGUUAUUGGAGGAUAAAAAGAUUCACGUGCUUCCUAAUAUUCACUCAGAAAAAUUUUGGAUGCAUUCACGGGAACCAUGCAUUGUGUUUUGUUCUCACUGGAGUCUGCGUCUCGGUCCUGUUGUUCAUCUGCUUCAACGUUGGCACAAAGAUCCAAAAUCAUUACUGAUCCUUGAGGGCGGGGCGAAUCCUCCUCAGCUAGCGCUAUUACCUUUCAAGCCAAUGGCAAUGAAGGUUCUUCAGUGUCACUUUCAACCUGGAAUAGGAUUGCAUAGAGUUAGGCCCUUGUUGGAGACUUUGCAACCAAAAACUCUUCUGUUCCCUGAGGAGUUCAGGUCGCAUAUGAGUUUUCCAAGCGAAAAGUUUCGCUCUGUGGUGUAUUACGCCGAGGGCGAAACUUCAAAAGUAUCGUGUAAGGACGGUUUUGAGUUAAAAAUUCCGGCUACUCCGGCUUCCAACUUUUAUUGGAAUGCAUUCAAAGAGCAGGAAAUCAAUCUAGCAAGACUAAAUGGGGAACUCAUCAUUGAAAAUGCCAGAUAUCACCUGCUGUUGGAUAAUACUGAAAAGAAUUCCAAUGGAAGAACGAAUUCGGUAAGUUUUCGUAAACCAGAUUUGGAAAAGCUUCUAGCAACAUUUUCAAAUUUUGGCAUCAAUGCAUCAGUGGAACAUCAGAAAAUGAACUCCGAAUCACAAAUACAGUGUGUGAUUCACACAGCAGAUCCUUACAAAGCUGUGAUUGAAAUUGGAACCAGCAGUGUUGUUAUUACUACUGCCGGUGAGAAUGUGGCUUCCCAUCUUUAUAAAGCUUUAGAAAGUGUAUUGAAAGGGAAUUGAUAUAAUCGAUUCUCUUCUUGGUGCUUGUAAAAUCCAUGUUAAUGCAUGUUGUGACUGAAAAUGUUAAUCCAUGUUCUGUGUCUUUUAUAUAUUUUCUAA